AUGGGCAUGAAGGGGCCGCUUCUCCUCCUCCUCCUGCUGGCGGCGGCAGGGGCGCUGCUGCUCCUGCCGGCAGAGCUGAACGCCCAGAGCUUCCCGGCGGCGGCGGCGGCUGGGGCCCCAACGGGCCGCUGGGCCGCCCUCAGUCCCAGAGCUGGCGAGUUUGGAGUGAAGUUGUGCGGCCGCGAGUUCAUCCGCACCAUCAUCUUUACCUGCGGAGGGUCCCGCUGGAAGAGGGGCUGGUCGCCGCCACAGCCGGGGAGGGCGCGCACAGAGUUUGUUCAAACCAGCAAUGACAAAGAACUGGAGAACAUGGAGUUGCAGUCAUUCUUGGAUCCUGAACUAGAGCAGCUACAAAGUAUCAGUCAACCAAGUGGAAAACAGUCAUUGAAAGACACGUCUAAUUUAUAUGAUGAUUAUAAUGAAUAUGUUCCUACUGAUAAUUUCAGUGAAUACAUCCACCAAGUAGAGGAUGCCGCCCACAAAAGCCAAUAUGGAACAGGGAUGGCCAAUUCCCUGGGCUCAAAUAACUUUCCUUGGGUCAAAACUCCCAGAAGAAAACGUGACUUCUCUAUGGGAGUAGCUGGAAUGUGCUGUAAAUGGGGAUGUACCAAAAAUGAGAUUAGUACACUAUGCUAAGAUUACAAUUUUCUCUCUGCAUUUAGUUUUUCAGAACAGGUUUUCAGUGCUAGUUGCAGGGUAUUGGGAUGAAUACUGUGUGUAGGAAGAGGAAAAGAGUUUGUCAAUGUCUCCAAGUACUUGAAAAUGUUGCAGUCUUUUGUAAAAACACACAUAACUUGUCAUCAAAACUAUCUCUUGCACUUUUAUUUGUUUCACUGUACUUAAGAGUGGGAAGCAUUGU